AUGCAAAGCCUAUCCUCCACACCAACCACCACUCGCCCUUCUACUCAUAUAAUCGACGUCCGCACUCCGCUCGAAAUCCAACAUACGGGUCGGAUUCCCACGGCUUUGAAUAUUCCCAUCACAACAUAUCCUGAUGCCUUCAGUAUUAGCGAAGAGGAAUUUGAAGAUCGAUUUGGGUUUGAGAGGCCAGGGAAGGCGGAUGAGUGCGUCUUUUAUUGUAAGGCGGGGGUGAGGAGUAGGAUGGCGGCGGAGAUUGCGAAGGGCUGUGGGUGGGAGAGGGUGGGGGAGUUUGAGGGGAGUUGGGGGGUGUGGAGUGAGAGGGGGGGUGAGGUGGAGAAGUGA